AUGAUAAGGAUAGAUCCUUACCACGAUCAUGAUAUGAUGAGGAUAGAUCCUUACCACGAUCAUGAUAUGAUGAGAAUAGAUCCUUACCACGAUCAUGAUAUGAUGAGGAUAGAUCCUUACCACGAUCAUGAUAUGAUGAGGAUAGAUCCUUACCACGAUCAUGAUAUGAUGAGGAUAGAUCCUUACCACGAUCAUGAUAUGAUGAGGAUAGAUCCUUACCACGAUCAUGAUAUGAUGAGGAUAGAUCCUUACCACGAUCAUGAUAUGAUGAGGAUAGAUCCUUACCACGAUCAUGAUAUGAUGAGGAUAGAUCCUUACCACGAUCAUGAUAUGAUGAGGAUAGAUCCUUACCACGAUCAUGAUAUGAUGAGGAUAGAUCCUUACCACGAUCAUGAUAUGAUGAGGAUAGAUCCUUACCACGAUCAUGAUAUGAUGAGGAUAGAUCCUUACCACGAUCAUGAUAUGAUGAGGAUAGAUCCUUACCACGAUCAUGAUAUGAUGAGGAUAGAUCCUUACCACGAUCAUGAUAUGAUGAGGAUAGAUCCUUACCACGAUCAUGAUAUGAUGAGGAUAGAUCCUUACCACGAUCAUGAUAUGAUGAGGAUAGAUCCUUACCACGAUCAUGAUAUGAUGAGGAUAGAUCCUUACCACGAUCAUGAUAUGAUGAGGAUAGAUCCUUACCACGAUCAUGAUAUGAUGAGGAUAGAUCCUUACCACGAUCAUGAUAUGAUGAGGAUAGAUCCUUACCACGAUCAUGAUAUGAUGAGGAUAGAUCCUUACCACGAUCAUGAUAUGAUGAGGAUAGAUCCUUACCACGAUCAUGAUAUGAUGAGGAUAGAUCUUUACCACGAUCAUGAUAUGAUGAAGAUAGAUCCUUACCACCAGCCUGGAAUGAUGUGGAUAGGUCAUCAUCCUGAAAUGAGGAGAUUGACACCCCAACACUAG